AUGGGAAGAGUAACCAUUGAGCUCAAAAAUAAGCCACCUAAUGGAGAUACUAAUCCUAUUACAUACCAAGCUUCUACCACUACCGGAACUGGUAAGCAAAUUCAAGUAAAGCAAACUACCGAACCCCAAGGAUCUGACUUCCUCAAGUAUGAACAUACCCUAUAUCCUAGUGGAGGAAAUUUUACACUAAAGGAAGUUAAAGGCGAUGAUGAAAACCGGGAGAUUAGUGGAAUUCUUCCAACCCCAAAUGUCUCAUCCGUUUCUGCUUACUACUGGAAGUAUGGGUUAGAUAAGGCUCUCAUAAUCGGUAUUACCAAGGGUACUAUUAAAACUACCUAUUAUGGCAAUAUAAAGAAUAAUACUGGUAGUAAUAAGUGGAUUGUACUAACUGGAAGCAGUCAACCUCCACUCAUAACCGGUGACAUUGAAAGGACACUUGACGACAUAGUCUGUUACAACAAUAAUGCCGUCACCUUAGAUCUUAGCAAAGGGACAUCCUUUUCUAGAGCUGGUAAGGAGCCAUAUUGUUGCCGUUGUGAACAUCAUAGUAACGGUGAUUAUCAGCGGAAGAUUUCUGUUACUAAGAAUUCAGUUCCAGUUCCAGUUUUCCCUAAAAUUGAAUACUUCAAACACUCCAUUUCUGGUAAUCAUAAACUUGCAAGGAUAAGGUACUAUAUUGAUGGUGAAGAUCUUCAGAAGACUAAUGAUCCAAAGAAAAGAAAGCGUAUAAACUAUUCUGGGCUAACCCUUCCAUCCUCUAAUGUACAAGCUGUAUAUGCGUUCUACUGCGGAGGAAACCUAGUAUUAAUAUAUAUUGAUGGUAGAGGUACAGCUAUCGGUUGGUACCAGAAGAAAAGUCUUUCUGGUAGUAAUGGAAAUGAAGAGUGGACAGAAGUCAAUCUCCAAGACAUAACACCCGAGCAAUUAAAUAGUUCUACAGACCAUGGAAAAUACAAUAAUCUUGUAAGGGCACUAAACAAGGUUGAUUGUAGCAAUUAUCAACAAUGUAAUGCCGCUUCUGCUCUUAAUCAAACCGGUGUUCCUGGAACUCUUGGACAACCUAGUACUGAAACUCUUCCUGCUACUACUAAAACUUCUGAAGCUCAACCUUGUUCUGCUGAUACUGCAAAAUCUACUCAAUCUAGAGUUAAUAAUUCUGGUUCUGGUGGAAGCGACGUGGUUGGUCAAUGGGUAAUUUACGAGACUGGAUUCUCCAAGAGCCCGCAGACUUGCGGGGGGACGAGUCCAAACAGCAACUCAGAGAAUCUAAAGUUAGCUGACUACAAGUCUUAUCUGCUGGAAAACUUUGGAGAACUUCACGAGACACGAAUAGAAUUGAGUGACGAAAGAAAUUUUAUGAGGGAUUUGGUGGUACCCAGGAAUGAAUGGUUAUUUUUUACGGUAAAAGAGGCAGAUACCGGAAAGCCGCUAGGAAGGUGGACGAUGGUAUACGAUGAAGGAAUAGAUAUAUCCAUUGGAGACAAGAGAUACUUUGGAUACCUGGGCUAUAAAAAGGGUACCAGUGAAGAAUGUAGAAAAGUUAUUGAAGGUUCAUACGAAGACCCUUCUGGGCAGAUACUGUGUUACAAGACGAAUCCAUCAGAGAUAAAAAUCGGAUGGGUUAGUAAAAAGAGCAAGAAAUCGCACGUUUGGGGAUGCUUUUAUGCCGAAAAGGUUCACAAGAGCAUGAAUGAGUCACUCGUUUUAGAUGCAACACACAACCAAAAAGUCAAGCAAACAAAACCAGAAAACUCAGGGAUUUCCUCGUGGAAAAGUAAAAUAUAUCCACAGUUUGAGGAUCUGACGCCGUUUAGAUUCAUUCAGCUGCGCAAGGGAGUGGAUUUCAGGCAUUUUCAUCACAGUCUACGUGAGAAACCAAAAGGACAAAAGGGAAGAUUUUUGCAAAAGGAAGGUAGACAAUCCAAAUAUGCAUGUGUGAAAAAAAUUCCAGAGCAUGUGGAUGAAUCUCUUCCUAAACAUUGGAGUUGGGGAGAUUCAUUCAACGGGGCCCUAAAUGACAUUCAACAGUAUAGCCAAGGAAACUGUGGGAGUUGUUACGCAAUGAGUGCAAUGUAUAUAUUUGGAAGACGUUUUGAAAUUCUUUUAAAGAAGCUUUACCCCGGAAAAAAGUGGAAUCCGGCUGAUUUCUCAUUCUCGGUGCAAGAUAUAGUUAGCUGUUCACCAUUUGUCCAGGGAUGCUAUGGAGGUUUUCCGUAUCUUGUUGGAAGGCAUUUGAAAGAGUUUGGAGCUGUACAUGAAUCUCAAUUUCCAUAUGAAAUGGAGGGGAAAGACACGCUACCACAAUGCAAACCAGAGUUGUCCAUUGGUUAUUCUAUGCAAAAUGUAGAUCCUAACACUGAGUCUGAUAUGGAAAAAAGAUGGUUUGCCAGCGACUAUGGGUAUAUUGGAGGUUGCUACGAGUGUACAACUGAAGCGGAAAUGAUGAAGGAGAUUUACCACCACGGACCAGUUUGUGUAGCAAUUGAUGCGCCAAACUCUCUCUUUUCCUACAGCGAUGGUAUCUACGACGAUUCAAGCAAGCAUGGAUACGUAUGUGACCUCCCGAACCGGAACCUAAACGGCUGGGAGUAUACUAAUCAUGCAGUUGCAAUUGUAGGAUGGGGAGAAGAUAUUACAAAUCAUGGUAUACAAAAGUACUGGAUAGUUAGAAACACUUGGGGGAAAAAUUGGGGAUUUGAAGGAUUCAUAAAGAUCAAGAGAGGAGUUAAUUUAAAUGGAAUCGAAUCGCAGGCUGUUUAUAUAGACCCAGAUAUACACAGGGGAAUGGGUCUCAAAUUUGCUAAUCAAACCAUUUCUAGAGAGCUAUAA